GAGAGAGAAGUGAGGCUACUUAGUUGGCAGAGGGUCUCAACUUCGUCUUUCAACCUCGGAAGGUGGUGAACUGGUCUGAACAAUUUUUGUCACCUUCCGAGGUUGACACACUCGUCUUUUUUUUUUUAAAAAAAAACGCCUACAAAUAAGAAAAAAGAAACAAAACCCUUCGGCUUUACUUAAACCCAAACAAUACUUUUACAGUCGCAAACAAACAUGAAUAAUCUGUGUCCAUAUGCUCUUCAUUCUCACUGCGUCUCCAUGAUGAAACUGCCGCCACCACCACCACUAAGUGCUCCAAAGUCACAGAUUUGGAGCUCGUUUAGUUCGUCUCAGAGGGAAUUCAAAGUAUGUGCUGUUUCAACCACUGGGAAUAUCGACGCCUCCAAUUACAUUCCAAAGGCUCCGAUUUUUCUCCCCGAAGGCCCAUGGAAGCAGAUUCCUGGGGGAGUUACUGCCGCAGAGGGAUUCAAAGCUGCUGGUAUGUAUGGCGGUUUGCGUGCUAAAGCCGAGAAACCUGACCUUGCACUUGUCACUUGUGAUGUGGAUGCCACAUCUGCAGGGGCGUUCACAACGAAUGUGGUUGCUGCUGCACCAGUGUUAUACUGCAAGAAGGUGUUAGACAUUUCAAAAACGGCACGUGCAGUGUUAAUAAAUGCUGGCCAAGCCAAUGCAGCAACGGGUGAUGCAGGAUACCAGGAUGUGAUAGAAUCUGCCAACAUGCUUGCUGAGCUACUUCAAAGGAGACCAGAAGAAGUGUUGAUUGAAUCCACUGGUGUAAUUGGUCAAAGAAUAAAGAAGGAAGCACUUUUAAAGUCACUUCCAAAACUAGUUGCUUUGCUCUCAUCAUCAACUGAGGGGGCAGAUUCUGCAGCAGUGGCAAUCACAACGACUGACCUUGUAAGCAAGAGCAUUGCAAUUGAAUCUCAGGUUGGAGGGAGAACAGUAAGAGUUGGGGGAAUGGCAAAAGGUUCUGGGAUGAUCCACCCAAAUAUGGCUACCAUGCUUGGUGUAAUAACAACUGAUGCCCUGGUUACAAGUGAUAUUUGGAGAAAGAUGGUGCAGAUUUCUGUAAACAGGAGUUUCAACCAGAUAACUGUAGAUGGAGACACUAGUACCAAUGAUACUGUUAUUGCUUUGGCUAGUGGGUUAUCUGGAUCAACCAGGAUAGCUUCUAUAGACAGUUACGAGGCAUUGCAACUCCAAGCAUGCCUUGAUGCGGUAAUGCAAGGUCUUGCCAAAUCAAUAGCUUGGGAUGGAGAAGGAGCAACAUGCUUAAUAGAGGUAAGUGUGGCAGGUGCAGACAGUGAGGCUGAAGCAGCAAAGAUUGCACGCUCAGUAGCAUCUUCUUCACUUGUUAAGGCUGCUGUAUAUGGCAGAGAUCCAAAUUGGGGGCGCAUUGCUGCUGCUGCAGGCUAUGCAGGGAUUUCUUUCCACCAAAACAAGCUUCGAGUAUUGCUAGGUGAUAUUCUGCUCAUGGAUGCUGGGGAACCACAACCAUUUGACCGGGCUGCAGCAAGUAACUAUCUGAGGAAGGCUGGUGAAACCCACAGUAGAGUUAAAAUACAUAUAUCAGUUGGUGAUGGAUUGGGAAGUGGGCAAGCUUGGGGAUGUGAUUUAAGUUAUGAUUAUGUCAAAAUAAAUGCAGAAUACACAACAUAAAAGAACACUUGUGCCAUCUCGUAUUUAUUCUCACUUCAGGAUUUCCAAACAAUUAAACCCUCUUUAUCAUAUAUUGAUUAUAGGUUUAAUAUUC